AUGUCCACCGUAUAUCAAGCAACCGCCUCUGCCCCCGUCAACAUCGCCGUCAUCAAAUACUGGGGCAAGCGCGACACCAAGCUGAUCUUGCCCACCAACUCGUCCCUCUCCGUCACCCUCGACCAGGAUCACCUCCGAUCUACCACCACUUCCCGUGCUGACCCCUCUUUCGUCAAGGAUACCUUAUGGCUCAAUGGCAAGGAAGACGAGAUUAAACCAGGGGGCCGUCUGGCCACUUGUAUCUUCGAGUUGAAGCGUCUCCGUCAGGCAACUGUCGAAAAUGAGGACCCAACCGCGCCAAAGCUAUCGACAUACAAAGUCCACAUCGCAUCAUACAACAACUUCCCCACCGCCGCAGGACUCGCAUCCUCCGCAUCAGGCUUCGCAGCCCUCGUCGCCUCCCUCGCCCAACUAUACGCCCUGCCCGUCUCCCCCUCCACCCUCUCCAUCAUCGCACGACAAGGCUCCGGCUCCGCCUGUCGCUCCCUCUACGGCGGCUUCGUCGCAUGGCAGGAAGGCGUCCACCCCGACGGAUCAGACUCCCUCGCCAUUCAAGUAGCACCCCAAUCGCACUGGCCAGAGAUCCACGCCCUCAUCUGCGUCGUAUCGGACGACAAAAAGGGCACAUCCUCAACGAGCGGCAUGCAGUUGACGGUAGAGACGUCCCCCCUCCUCCAACACCGCAUCAAGGCCGUCGUCCCACAGCGCAUGAAAGACAUCUCAAAGGCGAUCUUGGAGAAGGACUUUGACACGUUUGCGAGGAUUACGAUGGCGGAUUCGAACCAGUUCCACGCCGUCGCGCUGGACACGGAGCCGCCCAUAUUUUACUUGAACGACGUAUCACGCGCCAUCAUCGCCGUCAUCGUCGAGUAUAACCGUCUUUCACUUGCUAAUGGUCAGGGGUACAAGGCGGCGUAUACGUACGAUGCAGGCCCCAACGCGGUCAUUUAUACAGAGGAGAAGAACAUCAAGGAGAUCAUCCAGCUUAUCGUUUCGUUCUUCCCCCAGAAGGAGGGCACGUUCAAGGAUAAUUUGGGUGUGUUCGCGCAGGGUGCUGAGGUGAAUGCUCAGGCGGCGGUUCCCCCGGGUUUUAAUGGGUUGAUUCAUACGAGGGUGGGUGAUGGGCCUCGCGCGUUGGGAGAAGAAGAGGCGCUGCUUGGUCCGGAGGGUACGCCCAAGACUUUGGAGUGAUUGGAAGAAUAGAAGUUGGGCCUACUUCAGCGUAAUCAGUCGUUGUUGACCUACUUGACUACACAGUUCGUUCUUCCAAGGCCUUUGUGUUUUAGGCUCUUGCAUAGCUCCCCUAAACAUUGCCGCGUUCAUUGCA